AUGGCGACGAUGGUUUUUGGGGAGCUUCAGGGCCGAGAGAAGCUCGAAGAAGUGGGCAGACUCAUCGACACCCUCGAAAAGGACUUAAAAGAAAAGACGUUAUCUCCAUCUCAAAAGGUCCAGACGCUGUUGACGGUGCGACAAUAUGGCACAAAACCGGAGAACGCAGAUCCGAUUUACUCAAAAAGAGGCAUAGAGGUAUUGGCGAAGUAUGGUUUCGAGGGGGAAACUGCUGAUAUACGCCGUGCCGCCUUGAGAUGCAUUGCAAAUGCUCUUCUCCUGAACUCCAGCACGCGCCAGAUUUUUGUGGAUACAGGCUAUGGUGGCAAGCUAGCAGAAAGACUCAAGACAGAUAAUUCAGAAGACGAGAUGAUUGUGUCUCGGAUUCUAUUUCUCUGCACCUACGAUACUACCAUGGAUUUUGAUAAACUCAUUAAACAACACUCUCUGGGCGACAACGUCAACUAUCAAAUUGCGAGACAUGCGAAGCAAUUCCCAAAGAAUGGGAAAAAGGCGACGUCCCAAUUAGAUGAAUUAGCUUUGACGGAUACGUUGAAAUUGGUUUUCAACGUUGCGAAGCUCUAUCCGGAUUUGGCAGACACGUUCACUCCCUCGAUUCCCCACAUUUUCAAGAUCAUCAGCCGCAUAGAGAUCCCGAGUCAGCCUUUGGAUGGUCUGAUCGGGUAUCUUAUCAAUGCUCUGUCGACACUCGAUCUAGACGAAAAGAAGGGCAAAUUCGAAAGCAGCCCGCUUUUCCCAAAGUUUAACCAGAAUUGCAAUGUGGACAAACUGAUCAACAUCUUGGACCAGGCAGUAUCCGAGUACAAAUCAGAGGAGCUCGAUUCACGUGCAGUUCCGCUGCUGCAUUUGCUCAUCACGAUCUAUGAACUGGCUCCUGAAGGUCCCAGAAAGUACAUGCAAUGGCUACUUCUCCCUGAAGAUAAUGAUCGCAGCCAACCCAUUGGGCGGUCUGAUACACUUUCUUCAAAGUUGUUGAGACUUUCCACAACACCAUCAACACACCUAAAGACUGCCAUCUCAGAGCUGAUGUUUGUUCUUUCCGGGAAGAACGCGGAGAAUCUGACGAAAAAUAUCGGAUACGGCUUUGCGGCGGGCUUCCUUGCCUCUCGAGGAAUGGAAAUACCACAAAAUGCGGGCGAAGCAUUUUCUACAAGCAACGGUGGUUUCGAUCCGGAUAUCAAUCCUAUUACAGGUCAACGAUGGGAUGCGGAGCCAAAGGACAACGGGCCUCCCAUGAGUAAAGAAGAAAAGGAAAGAGAAGCAGAGAGGCUGUUUGUUCUCUUCGAAAGGGCAAAGGAGCGUGGCCUAAUCCCUGAACAUCCGGUGGCUCAGGCUGCUCGCGAAGGAAGACUUGAAGAACUCCCGGAUGACGCCGAUAGCGACUGA